AAUUAAUAUGAACAGGAAUCAAUGUGGUGGCGUAAUUUAAGGGAGGGCAUUAAUACGGUGGUCUGAUCAACACGCCAUACCUCAUAACCCCUUCAAGCCUAAACUCUCAUUUUCCAUUUGAUUACAAGAAAGGAGUAUAUCUCUGCUGUACAUAUAGUUGCAGUUGCAGAGGGGAAAAUGCUUACAUGCAUUGCACGUUCGAAGCAGUCGAGCAAUGACGCGUCGCCGGCCGUCGAUCUUCCCCCGCCGGAAAAACAUAACUCCAAUGCUACUCCGACCAAACAAGCCAUCAAAAUCCUCUCCUCUCAGAUCAAGGAUAUGGCGCUGAAGGCGUCGGGCGCGUACCGCCAGUGCGCGCCAUUCGCCGCUCAAACGACGCCGCAUCAGCGGCGGAACGGUAGCUGCGGCGGCGGCGAGUCGGACUCAGACAGAUUCCGGUGGUCGUACCGGCGGGCGGGGAGCUCGGGGUCGAACUCGAGUUCGGCGUUGGGGCGGAGGCAGCUGGAGGCGCGGCUGAAGGGGACGCCGGCGUCGGCAAGCGGGCGGCGAGUCGACCCGGUCGUGUUCGUGGAAGAGAGCGAGCCGAAGGAGUGGGUGGCUCAAGUCGAACCCGGUGUUCUAAUUACGUUCUUGUCCCUGCCACGUGGAGGCAAUGAUCUUAAACAGAUUAAAUUCAGCCGAGAAAUGUUCAAUAAAUGGCAAGCACAAAGGUGGUGGACAGAGAACUGCGAAAAGGUGACGGAACUAUACAACGUGCAGAGACUAAAUCGGCAAGCAUUUCCUCUCCCCGGAGACGACACGGCCACAAAGAUGGAAUCGGUCGAGCACAGCCCGGUGACGCCGCCUCUAGGCCGUGACGGAGCAGGGGCCGUCGCUUCCUCCUCAUCGGAUUCGCUCGAGCAACACUCUGUGCAGAGCAUAGUUAGUACUGGUACUACUGCUAAAACGGAAGCUUCCUCGAUGGAUGCAUCCUUGAGGACUAGCUCGUCCCAAGACGCUGGCAGUGGGGAGACGGAAUGGGUGGAAGAGGACGAGCCCGGUGUGUAUAUUACCAUCAGAGCUCUGCCUCAUGGUAGGCGAGAACUCAGACGCGUUCGGUUCAGCCGGGAGAAAUUUGGGGAGAUGCAUGCUAGAGUGUGGUGGGAAGAGAAUAGAGCAAGGAUACACGAGCAAUACUUGUGAGUUGUGAGUGGCAUUGAAGAAGUGACUUAUGAGAAACGUUAUGGGUUUCUUUUUUGACUGUAUUUAUAUUCUAUCAAACAAUGUUACGGGUAAUUUCAACAUGUACUGAAUGUUUUGGUGUAUCAUUUAGGGUAAAGGUAAGAGGGUAGGUGUUUGGCUGAUUUUAUAAGCUCUUUUAAAGUAUUUUGCAAAAUAAGUUCCUAAAUAGCUUAUAAGUUCUAAAAAUAAGGGGGGUGUAUUAGUUC